AUGGAGGCCAAUCGCGCCCGAGACCCACGGAUCGGCAACCUCCAGCGGGCCGAGUGGCGCCAGAAAUGUCGGCAGCUUCUCGCAGAACAUCUUCGGACGAAACUAGGCAUUGCAAUCGACCCCCAUCGGAUUCGGCUCCGAACCGAUCCCCGGCACGACGGAUAUACGUGGGCUCCCGUAUCGGGACAUGAGCAUCGCUUUCAGGAUGGGCUGUUCGCCAAACAGCUGAGCAAGCACUCGGUGGGGGCCUACAUGACCCUCUGUCGCGAAGUCGGACGGUACUUCGAGGCCGUGUCGACAUGGGACCGUGAGAGAUCCCGGACCGCGGGCCGAUCCCCCGAGACGGAGGUGGCGGUGUCGGCAACCAUUCACGCCCCGCCGGCACGCCGUGCCGCAACGAGCGACGGGCCCCGGCCCGUGAGGCAGCACACCCGCACCGGCGCGGACGAGCACCAUCACCGGUGUCGAGAGGUCCGGCAAUUGCAGGAUGAGAUCGACGACGCACGAGACCGGAUCCUCCGAUUGACCCGGCGGAACCACCUGUUGUGCGGGCAAGUACGACAACUGCAAAGGCGACACAAACGGCACGAGAGGAGCGUGGUCCACGUGUUACCGGUCUUGGAGAUGAUAUGCGCGACUCUGAAGAACGGCUGUGGCGACGACAAAUUGUGGGAGUCUGAAGGGGCGAACAAUGAGAGCCACGAUGAAGUGGACGGGGACCAUCAACCAUCCAGAGCGGACCCUGCGGAUGGCCAGAGGAGUUCUGACCUUGGAUGA